AGUCGGCAUCAAACCUAGUGAGGACUCAGACAUCAACACACAUCUCUCUGAAGCAUGGACGCUACAACAUGGUUUACCUGCCUCAUUGCGGUGAUUACAGGAGCACUGUCCCAACAAGCGAGCGAGUCUACCAACGAAUGUCCAAAGGAUAUCAUUAAACAGGCUAUGGGAUGUUUCUCGGACUUGGCGUCAGGGGUCACGAAGGGUCAACCUGCUCAAUUUGCAAGAUCAAUGCCUUUGGACUACCACAUGAUCAGAGAAUACUGUCAAGAGGGAGGUCACAUGACCCGUUUUCUGUCAUGCAUCGACAAUCUCCAGCGACAAUGUGAAAACGCACAGGAAGCGGAAGUGUUACUGCAGAUCAUCAACCCUGAGCGCGUGCGCACAAGCGUCCCAAAUCUAUGCGGAAAUAUCGAUUUGAUUGAGGGGUCUGCGGAAUGCUUGAACCAAGAGAUGACAAGGGACUCUAGCUGCAAGAACUCAGCCAAGGAGAUGAUCAAGAAAGGGAUGGCAGAGACCCCCCGUAAUGUCUCCGCCUUGUUCAUUGUGCAGUGCAGGUUCUUCAACAUCCUUGCUGAGUGUCAACGGACAUCCGUGAAGAAGAACUGCGGUGAGCAGCAAGCUAACCUACACGCUGACUUCAUCCUGUCAUUUGUGCCCAACACAUGUUCGAACACCAACUCCUCUAUGACUUCCACGGGAGAUGUGACCACGAACAAACCUCUUCGCACAUCUGAGGAAACAGCCACCUUGCUGGGGGUGUCACCUUUCCAGAAACACUCCCCAUCUUACACAGCUACCGUCAAGUCAUCUGUAGACACCACACACAAGCCUAAAGAUAAGGCUCCAGAACUCUCUGGAAACAAGAUCCCCGAGCAGAUCCUCAAGACACUGCCACCGUUCUUGAAGGACGACGAAAAGCUGGGUCUGAAGGUGGGACCGAAAUCAAGACGGCAUUCUGAGGAUGCUACAGAGGAUGUGAAGACAACUAACGCUGGAGAGUCUGUGGCAGUGUGUUCUGGACUUGUCGUGUCCCUUGUAGCAUGUUUACUUCUAAUCAAGCAAUGACAACUCCAAUUAAGCAAUGACACCUCUAAUCAAGGCUUAGUAAUGACACCUCUAAUCAAGCAAUGACACCUCUAAUCCAGCAAUGACACCUCUAAUCAAGCAAUGACACCUAUAAUCAAGCAAUGACACCUCUAAUCAAGCAACGAUACUUAUAAUUGUACUAUCAUGUUGGUCAAAUGAGAAGUCAAGAAUAGACCACACAUGAUCACAUUGUAUUGAUAGGAAAGUUGAUUCGUCCUGCUCCAAUCAAACAAUGACACAUCUAAUCAAGCAAAGACACCUUCAUCAAGGAAUGACACCUUUAAUCAAGCAAUGAUACUUAUAAUUGUACUUUCAUGUUGGUCAAAUGAGAAGAUCAGAAUAGACCACAUGUGAUCACAUUGUAUUGAUAGGAAAGUUGAUCCCUUACCAAAAACGCCAUUACAGUACUUCAGAUUGGACAUGAAUACUUCACGAAAUGUUCCGUGGCUUCAGUAGCCACGUGGCUUGAACCUGACAUGUCUAGAACAAAUAACAACUUGUGGUUGAUUUGUAUUUGUAUAUGUAAUGAUGGUAAGGAAAAAUUAUGGAUGUCAACUUUAUUGACACAACGUUUCGGAGUAUAUACUUACUCCUUCAUCAUUCACCCGAUGAAGGAGUAAGUAUAUGCUCCAAAGCGUGUUCCUCAUAAAGAAUUUGACAUCCAUAAAUUCUCUUCCUUAUGUGUAUCACUUCUAAAUGCCUUUCAAAGACUUGUAAUGAUGGUGUAAUUAUUUUCCAUAGUUGUUAACAACAAUAUUAAUACAUAAGGAUGAGUGAUACUUAUGUGAAUGAUCUUGUUCACAUUAAGGUGACACAGAUUAUACAUUCAACAUCAUUUCGAUUAUUGUUUGGAUUAUAUCAAACACGUCAUUUUAGUCAUAAUUAAUGCAGAUAUUUCACCAAACACAUAAUCAAAUUUCAUUGUGCGUGUAGACACUUCGAGACUGUUUUUCAGUGAUACUUUCAUACAAUUUUCACGGCUAUUUUGCCUGUUAUGCCCAGUGGCAUGUUUCGUCGGAUGAUCGAGUCUGGUCAUUUUCUUGCGUUAACGUUUUUUUUCACAGUGUAUUCAAUUUCUUUUUUCAUUGCUGAAUUCAAUGAGCACAGAAAGAACAUACCUGAAUAUGACACAAGUAAUUUAAGAUCGACAGUUAAACCUCUUAAGUCCGGAACCUCGUUUAUCCGGAAACCUUACUUCCCGGACGAUUUCCGCGGGAAAUGCUUUUAGGUACACAAAAUGAUAUUUUGAGUUAUUUUCAGUGAUCCAUUGAUAUAAUUUUCACCACUUUUUUGCCCUUCGUGUGCAAUGGUAUCUGUUUCGAGAAAUAAUCGAAAUUAUUUUUACUCUGGCGUUGACAUUUUAUAUUUGUAAAUGCUCAGUUCUCAUGAUUCUGUUAUGAUACAGAUUCUGUUAUGAUACAGAUAUGUGUAAUAUGAACGAUUUCAGUGGGAACGCUACCGUUUGGAUCGGCGGGGUUCAGUUUAAUAUUGAAAAAAAAAGUGGUCACAUAAAUUAUUUUAAUAUUAAUGAUUUGAAGUUAACUAACGUGGAAAUUUUAUCUUCAAUUAUCAUUAUCAACACAUAAAUCUAUGGUGUUUGACGUAUGAACUAUUUAGGAAGUUACACAUAAAUCCUCAUUACUUUGUUUAUCUGUGGGUAGACUACAAAAGAAAAGACAUUAAUUACAGAAACGCGAAUGUAAGGUACAAUUAUGAGAGAUAUAGCAAAUAGAUACUUACACAACCCUCAUAAACAAGACUACUCAAAAGUACUCAACCGAUUCUUUCAAAUAACUAAAGUUUAUCUGUCAUUUCAUGAAAGAUUAGGUAUACAGUAAACUACCGUAACGGUUAUAACGAACUCAAAGGGACCACUAAUUUUAGUUCCUUCCAACAAGCAGUUCGUUAUGAGCAUAUAUACAGCAAAUGACCGGGACCAGAAAAUAAGUUCGUUAUAUCCAUCAGUUCGUUAUAAGCGUCUUCAUUAUAAAUGUAGUUUACUGUAGUUAUAUGAAAGAAUAUGAUGUUCCUUAACUUUUUACUAGUAGUAUUUUUAUUGAACUAUUUUUCUUGCAUCAAACUAACAUUUAACACGAAAGGGGCGAGUGGGCGACAUCAUAGUUUGUGUUCCAAGCAGCAAAUAUGCAUGUAUCUAAUAACACAGCGGAGUUAUAUCAAAAUCUAUUUGCUCAGAAUCUGGGAUUUAUUAAAUUAAUGUUACACAUUCCGGCGUGUAGACUUGCACAUGUUUGUACAUUAUGUAUCAUGUCCGUUUACAUGGGCUAAACCAUAGAUCCUUGUAUGUAAUCUGCAUUCGUGUAAAUAGUUUUUACGUUCGACUUUUGUAAUAAAAUUAAUU